AUGCAUGACGAAAGCAUAAAAGCUACCGAUAGUUUUGAUACUGUAUAUUGCAUCGGGAAGGGGGGAUGUGGCAGCGUCUACAAAGCAAAUUUGCCAUCAGGAAGUAUAGUAGCCGUGAAGAAGCUUCACUCAUUUCAUGAUGGCGAGAGGACAUGUGAUAAAGAGUUCUUGAACGAGACGAGGGCAUUAACCAAGAUAAGGCAUCAGAACAUAGUAAAACUUUAUGGCUUUUGUUCGUAUGCACGACACUCAUUUCUGGUUUAUGAGUACCUUGAAGGCGGUAACUUGGCCACAAUCCUAGGCAAUGAUAAAAAAGCUAAAGAUUUGGAUUGGAGUAAGAGGGUAAACAUUGUUAAAGGUGUUGCCAAUGCCUUGUCUUACAUGCACCACAAUUGCUCACCUUCAAUUGUUCAUCGAGACACAACAAGCAAAAGCAUUUUGCUUGAGCUUCAAAUAUUCAUCAAUGGAGGAUUUUUGAGAGAAAUGGUGAGAGAGAGGGACGGUUGGACAUGGGGAGGAAGAAAGUGA